AUGCCUGUCAAGAGACAGCCAAACAAGUUACACCGCCGUGAGCGCAGUUUGAGCUUUGAAAAAGGAAGAGAGGAUGCCCUGGCUAUCGAGCGCCGGAGAACCAGUCGGAAACGGACAUCAGGGGCCGUUGGCCAGGGUCUAGUGGAUCCUCGUGUCCACCCUUAUUCCAGAGGUCUCGAUGCUUCUAAUGUGGACAAGUCCCCUUUUAACCAGGACAACUUCCCUAGAAUGCCCACCCUCCAUCACAAGCGGAAUGCCGAACUUUCAGCACGCAGAAAAUCCAACAAGCGGAGGAAGGCCGACCACGCCCGUGAAGCAGACAUCAGAGCCAUGAGCAGGUCUGACCCAGUCCGACCGGCCGCUGAGCCGUGGCAGUCUGGAAGGCCUAUAAGGAAGGAGACCAAGAAGGCCAAAGGCGGGCUCGGACUUAGUCUCCGGCGUUCUUGGGAGAGAGCACAUCAAGACUCGGACAUAUCGCUCCCGUUACCUGGGAGCAUUCACUCCAGCCUCUCCGACGAUUCAGAGCACGUCUCGUUCAAGGUCUCUGCGCUCGAAGCCCUUGCCCCACGUCCAACCCUGCGAUACACAGUUCACCCGCGUCACAGCUCCCCGCCGGCAGAGCGUCCCGACAGACAUGUCUCGGUCAGACAUAAAGUAUCCGAAAGGCAACCCAUCCCCGAGGCCACAAUCAGAGCCCACAAGCGCAUUGACGAUCUUGCGGAUGACCUUACUGCCAGUGACUUGCGGCAGCUGAUGGAACGCGAUGGCCGGAGACGGGCAAAGAAAGAGGAGCAAGAUCGGCAGAGGCUAGAGAGAAGGCUGGCGAGGAGAGCAGAGAAGGAAAAGGCUGCUGAGAGGGAGGGGCGGCAAUCUCCUCCCAACCUAGAGAGAGGCGUGCUCGGUCGGGAAUCAGUCGGUCUGGGUAUCGAUCCUGAGUCUGCUGUGAGAACCUCGUCGACGCCAAGGUCCUCUGCGAAGUCUUCUCCCAGCCCUUCGACAAAGCAGCUGGGCAAACGCCCUGCGGCGGAGAUGGAAGACGACGAGGAGGCCGACGAGACCGCUGCUCAGGGGCCGCUAGAGCACUUCCACCGGACCGAUAGCAUACCACUGGACGAUACUACAAUAACACCACCCCCCGAGGAUCCGCCCACCCGACGUGAAUCGAGCCCCCGAAAGAGAAUUAUAUUAAUGCCUCGAGCAUCCAAGUCCAAAUCGCCGCCGCCGCCAGCGCAGCCGUCGUCCGAUCCGCCGAAGCCCGAGAGGCCUGACCAUGCCAGGCAAACAUCUGAAGGCAGCCUCAAGAAGAUGCGGAGAUCUUGGAGCAAUUUGUUCCGCUGGGGGUCCAGGUCUAGACGCAGGUCAGGUCCUUCGUCGUUCUCAAAUACCUCGCGAGAUUCCAUGACGGGACCUUAUACCCCGGCCACUCCUGCAUACGACCCGGCCGCUUUAUCUCGCAAGAUCAGCAGCGGCGUGCCCAAGAGGACGCUGUCCCGGUUCCGUGAAGACUUGCCCGAGCUGCCUCUGUCGCCGCCGCAAUCAAGAGAAGCAUCCCCAGAGCCACCACCCUCCGCGAUUAUCGAGCAGGAUUCACCUGAGCUCGACGCUGCAAUGGAUCUUGAUGAGCCAAUUGUCAUGCCGAAGCGCCGGGAUACACCCAUGUCUCCAGAUGAAGCACUGGGCAGUGUUCCCGCGAGCAUGCCCUCAACCGUUGACCCCUCGCCUGAACCGAACACGGUAUCGCUUGCCUCCGUUGAUUCUGAAGGAUCUUGGUUCGGCAAAAAAUCCUCGAACCGUCGGUCCGUGCCGACGCCUCUGACACCACCACGCAUCCAACACCAGCGACCAGCCACCGCGAGCACAUUCGACUCUCAUCAUGACCCAGACCUUCCCACGCAGGAAUUCCAGGAAGAUUACUCCGACAUCACCGGGGACGAUUACCUGUCCCGUCUCGCCAAUCAACGCAGUUCGGGUUCUCACGUGACGCAUGCUCGUGCCUCGUCAGAUGCGUCUGACGAUGCUCGUUGGGGCAUUGUGGGAGGACACCAACCACAUUUUGUUGAACCACGCGCGAUCGAUUUUGUCAAGAGCCACGAGGGGCUUCUGAAUAGCUUCUCUGACGACGGUGUGGACGCCAGUGAAUCAGAUGACAAUGCGGACAGUAUAGGGGCUGAUGAGGAGAACAAAGAAAACGGGGGCCGCCGUGCGGCCACCGCUACCCGGCACAAUAGAAGUGCGAAACUGUUAGAAGUCAACCCGUGA